AUGUUCUUUGCGUCCGAAAUGGGAAAAUGGCGCAGGUUUUGCACCGCGCGGAGGUUCAAGGUGAUGCCGGACCCCGUGUUCAACGAAGAAAACGAAGAGAUACAGAUUGCAUCUGAGCGACGCCGAAAAUUCCAAGGUACCGCCAAGGUGAAAAUUGACCAGAUCCACUUCGAUCCUCCUUUGCCUCAGGAUCUGAAUGAAAAAAACUUGGAGCGACUUCGUGGGAUCUUUUGUGGGCCGAAUGGGGAAAACCAAUGCCGUCGUCACGAUAUUGAAAAUCAUAUCCCCGCGAUAGUGUCUGAACACUGUCUUAGUGCAGCACUGCAGAGUGCGGCCGUUACCAGUGAGAAGCUGUUCGCCAGUUCACCAGAACAACUUCCGAAUCUUAGCUUUCCGAGCGGAGCGCUGAGAGGCUUACAUGGUCGGCAUCGGAUACAAGUGGCUCUAGAAAUUUUAUCGGAUCUUGACAAGUGGUGGAGUGUAGAUCUCUACUUAGACGACAUCGGAGACCAGCUCAAGACGACCUUGAUUGAUGAAUACUCCAACCAAAUAGCCCCGACCAACGGAAAAAUCUAUCGAAAGAUACGUCAGUACGAGGGUCAGGGUAACUAUCGUUUCCGACAGCGUUGGUUUUUAAGACUAUCAAAAACCAAUCGAGAUCGGCUUGACCAGUUGGAUAAGCGAAAGAACAGCCGUCUGCGAGAUGCAUUCGAUGCGCUUCUUCCAUUUCCCGCCCUUUGGAACCGCGCAAUGAGGAUUAGUAUGAUACCUCGGUUAAUCGCGUGUGAUUGUGUCGAGGAAAAUGUGAACUAUCUCCGUGACGUAAACCUGUGUUGGACUCUCAUUGUCAGGAGUAUCGAAAAUGGGAAAUCAAGGAUUACCGAGGAUGAUGUCGAAAGUCUCGAGCUAAAAGCACCUUCCGCAUCGGAUCCGGACUCUCGAGAGGUAUACGGUCACCUUAUAAGUGGCGCUAUAUUCACCCAUUUCAGUGACGAAGAGCGGCAACAAAUUUGGCACAAUCUGAAAUGCUGGGAUGGCCUAAUACCCUCUCUUUCCACUUUUUUCGAAGACUUCAAGUUUCUAGAAAGCUGCGCUCAUUGUAUAAAACGACUCUUUGGUCAUUGCGAACGAUCUAUAUGGAAUACCAUGAGGCACAUGUUUAUUGUCUCGCCAGAGCUAGCGAAGAAUUUCCCGAUUCAGACAGGAGAGAAUGCAUUUGUUUCUAUCGAUGCUUCUGGAAUUGACUAUUUUGAUAUUGCCUACCGACAGGUGUGGUUGUAUGCUAUGCGGCAUUACCCCUCCAUGCCACCUGACCCAAAGAGCGAGGAUGAUUUACUAGCAAAGCAGAACCGAGCAAAACCGGACAGACGUGCAAUCUACCAUAUGGCUAAACUCGCCAACUGUCAAGGAUUUCGCUCUGGAGAAAUCAUGAAGAUUGGGGAAGAGUCUCUUGAUCGGCAAAUGGCUCGAGAUGUUCUUCUGAAUGCCCGAGUUCCUGAAUAUUAUCAAUAUGAUAACGACUCAUUUGAAAGUUUGGUAGACCGGAUAGUCGACUGCUUCGAGAAAGCUGCCCCUCGUGAGAGGAAGGUGACGUAUCAGGCUCUCCGCAGCUUUGCCAAUCGCGGGGCACGAUGUGGAAUGCCACGAAUAAGAUCUCACAAAUUGGACAGUCCCAAUCUAUUCCUCGACAAAUUACAUGUUAACACUCAAACAGCCAAUGAGCCCGUUAGUACUCUCCUCGUACGCCAGUGUGUGUACAUCAGGUUUUUUGGACGGCCUGCCAGCCUCUCACCAGAAUUUUUCCUACAGAAUACAGGCGUGAACGAUCUUCCGCCUGCCCCGCAAGGAGCUGAAAGCGGGACAAAUGGGGAAAUUUCGAUGGAGGAAGCACUACAAGAACAUACGCUAUCGGAAGAAGAGACAGACUCAUCAAACGACGACAUUUCCAUGAACGAUGCCCCAGAAGAUGAUAACUCAGUUGGUGAUUCAUCGGGCAGAAAAAGAAGGAAAGCAACAGCGCGGAAACGUUUCGCUUCCAAUGUGGGCAUGGGCACACCCAAAAAAGGCCGAGUGGAAAAGAAGAAAACCAAAGAAAAGAAGAAAACAAAAGGCGGCGUGAAAUCGGACAAAGGAAAAAGACACUCGCAAACUUCAGCUGAAAACCCACAACAAAUCGUGACCAGACAAAGUCACCAUGAGUCACCGCUUAUCCGGCAAGACCCUAAGCCUGAUUCGCCACAUGAAUUGUCAACGUCUCAGGACCAUGGACAGCAAAUACGCGAACAAACUCCUGGAGAUGGGAUACUGAACGAGAACCCGGAGUCGCACGAUACCAAUGCGACGUCCACAUUAGAGGAUGGUCAAGACACGAGCGGCAAUGUGACUACUUCGGUCCAGGUAUUAAGCGAGCAUCCAGUGUCACACGAUACUCACGCGAUCGCGAUCUCUACGAUGGCGUUUGGCCGUGAGACUGCGGGGAAUGACAGCCCAGGGAACACAGGACAGAAAAUUGAAGUGACAUUCUAUCGUCUGCAAUCAUGUGACUAUAAAGAAUCGUUACACAAGUCGACCGACUAUAAGAAUUCGUCAAAGCAAAUUAAGUGGAUGAAAGAGCCGGAGACCCUUUGGACAGAUUUCUCAAACCCAUUGGAUAGGUCCCGAGUCGAGGAAAAGGCAAACGAGUAUCGACAGAGGUGUAACUUGUUCGACCAUCUUCCGGAGAAGGAGUUGAAGCAAAAUGCCAAAGGAAAUAAAAUCAUCUUUGGAAGUUUCGCCAACCUGAGACAAGUCCUGGUUGUCUUAUGA